AGCUCUUUUUACUUUUAUGUUCAAUUGCAAUUAUGAAUUCCCCAGACGACAAAGACCCGCCAAUUUACGACCCAGCACAUGCCAGUGACCUGCUGACGCAAACAGCAAUUGCAUUGAGCAUUGGCGGCACAGCAUUCCUGGCGUUCUGCCUGUUGCGGUUUCGCUGGCCUUCUGUGUAUGCACCACGCACACGGCUGCAGUACUCGGCACCAGCACGGGUUGGUAAGACGUUUCUGGGAUGGGUGACCAUGGUUCUCCAUGUGAAGGACUACGACAUCAUGUACAGCGUGGGGCUGGACGCAUUGCUUGUGCUGCGACUGUUCAAGAUGCUGAGUGCGCUGUGCACGAUGGCAGCAGUCAUUGGGCUGGUGGUUCUGGUGCCGCUCAAGGUCAUAUUCGACGAAACAAAUCACUCUGGCGUCAAGAAGGAUGGUACCAAGUGGACGUUGUACGACUCGGUCACCACAGCUGCAUUGGGCUCUGAGCAGCCAUUAGUCGUGCAUUUUGCUUUCGCCUACGUGUUCACAGCUCUGGUGUACUUUUACUUUACGCGAUUUGCGUACCAGGCAAUAUCUCUGCGGUGGCACUACCUUUUGCGCGUUCGCAAUACCCGGCCGGCUCGCUCUAUCAUGGUCACAGGAAUCCCAAGCGAGCUGGCGACCGAGGAGGGCCUGAAGCAGCACUUUGAGAAGAACCAUCUUGGUGAGGUGGUCUCGGUCGAGAUUGUGCCUCGGAUUGCAAGAGUCGGCGUGCUGGUUCGCAAGCGAGCGCAGCUGCUGAAUCUCAUCGAGGACCAGAUCACAGUCCUGCUCGGUAAUCCGUGUCCGGCCGAUGGCUACGACCGAGAGCACCUGCUUGCCUUGAUGGCAUCGCAUGAGGAAGCGGAGCGCGAGCACGCAGUGCAGCUGAUUAGAGAAUGGUCGCUGCCGCGGUUCCGCGAGUGGGAUCUGGAGAGCCGCAUCCAGCGGAUACAGAAACUGAUGGGCCCGUUUCACCAUGUGGACGGCGUUAUCCAGAAUAUGCGGCAGCAGUGGUUUGCCACAUAUGACGGCAAGAGCGAGCGCGGAUCGACAGUCGGGUUUGUUACGUUUAGUGAUGCGGCCUCGGCACACUUGGCUGCGCAGACCUUCUCGUAUUCGCAGCCAUUCCAGUUGCGUGCGCAGCUGGCGCCCGAGGCCCGCGAUAUCCACUGGGAGAAUGUGACUAUGACGCUGUGGUCGCGGCUCAUUCGUGGGGCUUUCUCUCUGAUCGGGUACAUCACGAUGUUGACAUACUGGAUUGCUAUGGCCACGUUGCUGUCAAAGAUGAUGGAGCCAAAAUCACUCAAUGACCACUUCCCGUCACUGCCCGAUCUGGAGAAGAACAAGUGGUUGAGCAGCCUGUUCAGAUACAAUACGCCAGUGCUGGUUCUGUCUCUGAUGAACACAUGCGUGCCGUAUAUCCUGAACUGGGCAGCCGAGCUGUCCGGAACCCAGAGCCGGUCUGCCAUACAGAUGUCGGUUCUGCAGCGCUAUUUCCUGUUUCUGGUGGUGAUCGUCCUUCUCACAAUCUCGGUAUCGCAAACUAUCUUCCGCGAGUACGACAAGUGGAUAGAGAAUCCGAGCGAGAUCCCCAAGAUGUUCGCUAGAAGUCUACCCAAGGCAGCGCCGUUCUUUAUGGACUACAUCAUCCUGUAUGGGCUGGGGUAUCUUCCUGUGCAGCUGCUGCAGCUGGGGUCCAUAUCGCUCGCCGUGUUCCGGCGCAUGGUAUGCAGGACGCCGCGCCAGUUCGCGGAUGCCCUACGGCCCAACUACAUUGACUGGUCAUUUAUUCUGCCGCAGCCCAUGCUGAUAUUCGUGAUCUUGGCAACCUACUCAUCGCUGGCGCCGUUUAUCCUAGUACUGGCCGCCAUGUACUAUGCGAUUGCGUACCUGGUCACAAAAUAUCUGGCAUACUACGUGUAUGCGCGGCAGUUUGAGACUGCCGGCGCCAUGAUCAUCCCAGUCCUCAAGGUGCUGAUUGGCAGCAUGUGGUACUACUACCUGCUAAUCAUCGGGCUCUGUGCGCUGAAGGUCGCAUUCGGGUACGUGCUCUUCCUGAUCCCAGUGCUUUGGGCCAACGCCUACCUGAUCACGUUCGUGUCAAAGAUGUUUUACGCUGACGGUUCGUUCGUGCCACUUGAUUUGUGGAAUCAGCACGAUGAAGGACACCUUGGGUCGACCCCUCAUUUGGCUGAAUCCCGGACUGAGGGUGUGUCUCGCACUGACAGCAAUGUCAACUAUACAGGGGAAACAAGCCAUGCAACCUCGACUGACUACCUACUGCCACGGCCACAUGUGCCAUCACCAUUCGGCGCUGCCUUGGAUGCAUUGGACCAGGAGUCGCGGGGCUCAGUCAGCAGGGCAUGGGAGUCGAUGAAGCGGCGCGUGAAAACAGUCGCCAGUAUCAUAUAUAGCUGGAUCUAUGUCAACCCGCAGCGCACGCCGUCAGUGUUCCGCGACCUUGACCGCAGCUACAGCAUCAAUACCGAGGAUCUUGAGCAAGGCUCAGGCGAAUCCUUGUCGGGUGAGCUGGUGCAGUCGCCGAGAUUCAGUGUGACAUUCCAGGAGAACGGCGGCAACAAUACUGCCAGCAUGCGUGCUGAGCUAAUGCUCGGCCGUGACCAGCGGGCAUCGCGGAUCGAGCCAGACGCUUACACUGACUUUAGCCAGUCGCCAAUAUCGCUACUGGAGGGUGUCCUUGACGAAGGACUGGCAGUGUAUGAGCACCCGUAUUUAGUUGGAAACCUGCCUACAUUCUGGCUACCGAUAAAGAAGCAAACUGAGUCGGAAUAAUAUAUACUGCUGGGAUA